UUCUCCUUUACUCCCAUACUCAAGGAAUCCGACUUCUUAGGAAGACACCGGGCGGCCCUUCCUACACCAAAUAGGCCUAGCAGAGCCGAAUUUUAAAACACAUCAUUUUCGUUACGUGCAGCUUGGACUACGCACACAAAGUAUUAUAAAGUGGCGUUUUAUUUUACGUUAAUUUUUAGUUACGUCAUAAAUAUUCUAACUUCUGUUUUUGUGAUGUCCGGUAUUUCUUUCCACUUGAAAAACAUAUAAGCCAAUAUUUGUAUUUCUGAAUAAGCCAUGUUCCCGUUGCCAAUGUUCACGCCAGAUCAGGUGGCGCGUGUAUGUGAGAACCUGGAGGAGACCGGGGACAUCGAGCGCCUCGGCCGCUUCCUGUGGUCACUGCCUGCGGCAGUCCCGGCCUCGGCCAGCGACGCGCUCAACCGCCACGAGUCCGUGAUGCGCGCCCGAGCCCUGGUGGCAUUCCACGGCGGUAACUUUGAGGCGCUUUACCAGAUUCUGCAGAGCCACCGCUUUACGCGCGAAUCUCACGCCAAGCUGCAAGACCUGUGGCUGGAUGCGCACUACCGUGAAGCGGAACGCCUUCGCGGGCGGCCGCUGGGACCCGUGGAGAAGUACCGCAUCCGCAAGAAGUUUCCCCUCCCGCGCACAAUUUGGGACGGCGAGCAGAAGACCCACUGUUUUAAGGAACGAACUCGCAGCCUGCUCCGGGAGUGGUACCUGCAGGACCCCUACCCAAACCCCUCCCGAAAACGUCACCUGGCCCAGGCCACGGGGCUCACGCCCACCCAGGUGGGCAACUGGUUCAAAAACCGGCGACAGAGGGACCGAGCAGCUUCAGCCAAGAACAGACUGCAGCAGGACCCCAGUCUCUUGCCCGCAGGCACCUCUUUGGACGGCAGCUCACAGGACCUCCGCCCUCACCUGCCCCCCUCCUCGCCCAGUCACCCGGGCAGCCCGGAGACCAGUGACUCCAGCACGGGCACGGGCCACCAUGGGACGAGGGCCUCCACCCCCGAAAUAUCCGUCAGCAGCGACAGCGAGUUCGAGUCCUGAGUCCUGAGUCCCGACCCAUGACAGAUUUUGGUAGAUAGACCCACCUUGGCCCUGAUGCGGUAAUCUCUAACUCCACUCCAAUCUGUAAUCAAUCAAUCUGCUGCACAGUAAUGAUCUGUGCAGCAGUGGGAAUGGAGGCGGAGCCAAGGACGUUUGUAUGGAGAAUGUUGAUGUGGGAAAGGACAAGGAACGGAACCGAGACAUUAAUGGGCACAUCACACACAAGCACUUAUCAGCAGUUCUGGUGAUGGUCAACCAGGUUGUGCUCUAGAAUAACUCCACCAUGGUGUUGUGUCUGUACAGAGGACCAGGCAUUUUAAACUCCCCUUUCUGACUGUUUUUGGAUGGGAAAACUGAGAGUAUGCUGCUGGGAAAACUUAUGUCUUCUUUGUUAUUUAGGCAUGGACACACACACGCGUACAGCUGUCAAUUGUUUGGACAUUCAUAACACCGUUACAUAUUUUGUUAUAUUUCGAUGUGAAUUUUCCCUUGAGUUAAAUUUCUAUUGCAGUUUUGACUUUGCAGUUUACUUUGCACUUGUGUCUACUAAUGUUUAGUCAAACCUCACUAUCCACAAUGGCCAAAUGAAUCAUAUAAAUAAGGAAAAUAUAAAAAAUGUGAAAAUGACUUGACUUAGUUUCCCAGGGAAAAGUCUGGGUGAUUACCUUUCAAAGUACAGAAAUAAUAAUGUGAAAUAGCAGAAACAAAAAUGGAUUAUACCAAAGAUCAUACAAAAAAAACUGUAUCUUGUGCAGCAACGAUAAGGCAAGAAUAGCAAGCACAAAUCAAGAUUUCAGACCCUCAGCAUUAUAUCAGGCCUUCAGGUAUUUGAUUAAACUCACUUGAUUUUAGUCUGAUUUGCUUGCUGGCUCCCUCUGGUGGUGAAUUUCACACAUUACCGUGCUCAAGGGCAGUCAAGAGGAGGAAUAACUUCAUACUCUCAGGAUUAGAGGAACUGCACUUCACAUUUGUAACACAAUGUUUACUUUGUGAAUACGAAAGGAAGACCGCUUUGACAGUGCAUCUCAGAUUACACAGAUUUUAAAUUUGUAUUUUAAAAAAUCAGUAAUAAACCAUAAAUGAUUAAAACUAGGAAAAUGCUGUUAUUUUAUUAUAUAUCACAUAUGGUACCCCAGGCACCAUUAUUCAUUCUUGGGGUAUACAAAAUGUAUUGUUGGGUGUUUGAGCGCAAAGACUUCAGUCUGUGCACUCUUUUCUGUAAGCCUGGGAAGAUUCAGAAGAAUUUGUGGCAUUGUACAUAGCUGGGGCUGACCAUCUCUGCUGGCUUUUAUGGAUACACAUCGGAUUGGGCAGGACUUUGCCUUGUCUAAAAGAGGCAGAUUAUUAAUUCCAGGGGGAAUAAAGAAUCACUGCCUGGCUACAAAAUGUAAUAAUAUCUCUGCGGUGGAAGCAUCUGCCAGAACUCUGUGCUGCCAUUCCAAUUCAUCCACCCAUCAUUCACUGAGGUCAUUUCAUUAAUAUUUAUUCCUUCUCUGCUCUCUGCUGUCAGCAACCCAGCGGUGAUAAGUUCUUGCUGUGUUUCUCAGAGUUUCUACAGCGCCAGUUUUUAUAUGGUCCGCUUUGGCUAUGGUAUGCUCUUCCCUGCGCUGUUCUAAGCUGUAGAAAUAGAAUGGUAGAUUGUCUCAAUGUUCCGCCUUGUGUUGUUCUAAACCAUAGAGAUAGAAUGAUAGAUUGUCUCGCCAUUCUGACUUGCACUGUUCUAAACUAUAGAGAUAGAAUGAUAGAUUGUCUCGGCGUUUUGACUUCUGCUGUUUUGCCCUCUGUAAUAUGUUGCCAUGAAUAUAACCAAAGACAGGGAAGAGGGGGUCUGAGCAGCCUGACAUUUGGAAUGGAAGUGCAUUAGGAAAUCUUGUGGGUUUCUCUUCCAGGUCACUCCCUGGCUAGCACCUCUGUACUUCACUGGUCCUUCCUUCUGCGCUGCUCUGUAUUCAAUAUGUGUCAAGUACGUCUUUAGAGUCAAUGACAGCUGAUCUUUAGACUGCUAACUGCACCUGUAUUUUAUAUACUUGAGUGAAUGACAAGUGAGAAUUAAGGUUCAUCUAUCAUCUGCAAUUGGCUUGUCCCUUUAUACUUGACUGAAUCCAAUUUAGUUGCAUUGCCAUGAGGAAACUUAUAUAGAAUCAUUCUGACUGGAGACAGAAGUUCCUUUUGUUAUCAUUUAGACAUUCUCUUGUGAAGUACUGAGGCCAAGGAAAUGCCAUCACAUUUGGCGGAUUUACAUACAUACAUACAUACAUACAUAAAUAAAUAAAUGUAUGUUUUUCCUGCACUGUUCUAUAGUGUUGGUUUUUCAACAGGGGGCAAAAAGAUAAUGUUAAACAUAAAAACUUGGGAGGAGCUUUGGAAAAAAGAAUUAAUUGAGGCUUUCAGAAUGAACGUUAAAAGAUACAACUGAUGCACAACUGCGGUUAAAUUCAAAGGGAUUUGUCUGUGCCUUUAAGGACAGAGAGGAACUUAACUAUGACUUAUUGAAACAGUUUUGUUUCAAUACAUAUGUGUUUUGUACAUAUGUGAUGUAUGCAUUUCGAAUAAAUGAAAUUAUUUUUAAC